UGGCCUAACAAAAUAAUUGCAACAAAAUCGAAUUUCACUGAUGAUAAAGUAAAUACAUCUUCAGAAGCUUUUGGUACUGAACCAUUUCAGUGUGCAAAAUCUAGUUCUUCACCUUGUCCACAGAAUGGUACUUGCAAAUUUAUAUCAAGUUAUAAUGAUGACCUUGUAGGAAUGUAUAGAAAUCAAUGGAAUAUUACAUGUGAUUGCCCUGAACCAGGCUACAUUUUUCGAUAUGAUGUUAAUUUAUGUGUAGAUAUUAAUGAAUGUAUGUAUAUAAACUGCGAGGAGACGGAAGGAGAAAAUAUGGAAUGCGCAAAUUUGAAAGGUUCUUAUAAGUGCAUAUGCAAAUUAGGAUAUAUACCUGUAGGGAACAGUUGCGUACCUGUAACAAUCAACACAAAAUUAUUUUGGGGAGAACCAAAAAUUUCAAGUGGAGUAAAGAAUAAAAUACAUAUAAUAAUUGUUUUAGCGAUUUUCAUAAAUUUAUUUGUUACCAUGUAA